AUGUUCUCCAACCCGAAUUCGUACCUCGGCGGCAAUAGCCUGCGUCCAGGACCUCAGCAAUAUGGGAAUUCCUUUGGCACGGGAGCUGGCCAGCAGCCGCCGCAGCAGCAGCAACAGCAACCAAGUCCGUUCGCUCCGCAACCCACUGGCUUCGGCCAACCUCCGCUACAGCAGCAGUAUACCGGCUACCCCGGCCUACAAGCUCAGGCUACAGGUAUGCCGCAGCAGCAGUACGGGCAGCCUCCACAGCAGCAGCCCUUCCAGACUGGGGCACCUCCGAUGCCCUCGAUUCCGCAACAAUACCAGCAGCAGUUCCAGCAACAGCAGCCGCAGCAGACCCCCUUCGCCUCUGCUCCUCCUCAACCCCAGCCUCCAGCCCAGGCGCCGGCGGCCCCUCCCGCCCCGGUUCAGAAGCCGCAGGCCACGGGCUUCACCGAGAUGGCCGCGUCUUUCCACACUGGAGGCAUCCCCAAGCCGAAAGGACGGAGGCCCGAGAAACAUGCGACCAAGAUCCCGAACAUUCGAUUGGGAUUCAUAACGGCGCCGGAUCAGGCCAAGUUCGAAACCCUGUUCAACUCGGCUGUUGGGGACAGUCAAACGACCAUGUCUGGCGAGAAGGCAAGAGAUUUGCUGAUGCGGUCGAGGCUUGAUGGGGACUCGCUCUCCCAUAUUUGGACUCUCGCCGAUACCACUCGAUCCGGCCAGCUCCACUUCCCCGAGUUUGCCCUUGCGAUGUACCUUUGCAAUCUGAAGCUCACCGGAAAGACCCUUCCUUCAACGCUCCCACAGAAUAUCCAGAAUGAAGUAUCUAGUAUGGUCGACAUUAUCAACUUCAGCGUUGCUGAAGAAGCCGCAGGUGGUAGCUCUGCCCCUGCUACUAGCAACGCGCCGGAUUUCAGUGUGCGACAAAACACUGCGACGCCUCCCACGAUCCAGCAUCCACAGCCCCAGGCAUCCAACUCGCAGCUGUUACAGGCUCAGAUGACAGGCUUUCCCGGCCAACAGCCGGGAUUUCCGGGGCAGAAUCAGGGGUUCCAACCACAGCAGACUGGUUUUGCAGGCGUAAGUCUACAACCAACUGGCUACACUGGUCCUCGUCCCCCAAUGCCACCGAUGCCUACUGGCUUUGGCCCCGGCAUGGGUAUGGCGGCGCCGCUCAACGCCCAGCCAACUGGACGCCCUGGCCAGUGGGGCCUUGUCAACACCCCAUCCACAGGACUCCCGAACAUCGAUGCUCUGCAAGCUAGGAUGAUGCCGCAGUCGGGCCGGGAACAGCAAGACUACACAACCGCCGGGCUACAGGGCAACGCUGUGAUCCCCUGGGCCAUUACGAAGGACGAGAAGACCAGAUAUGACGCCCUCUUCAAGGCGUGGGAUGGUCUAAACAGGGGCCAUAUCGGGGGUGAUCAAGCUAUUGAGAUCUUUGGUCAAAGCGGCCUCGAGAAGAAUGAUCUUGAACGCGUCUGGACCCUAGCCGAUCACGGUAACAAAGGCCGACUGAAUCUCGACGAGUUCGCCGUAGCUAUGCACUUGAUUUACCGAAAGCUCAAUGGUUACCCACUACCAAACCAGCUUCCUGCCGAGCUGGUGCCGCCAUCCACCCGAGGCUUCAAUAGCUCGAUUGGAGCAGUGAAGAGUAUGCUCCAUCAGGAGUCGGAUUUCCGAAAGAACUCUGGCGCCGCCCUGCUCCCCCAGAAAACCGGAGUCAGCUACCUCAAGAGCCACUCCUUCAGGGGCAACGCUGGAGGAUCCGGCGGUGGGCGGAAGGAUGCAACAGUCUUCAAGAACAACGACGAUGAGAUUGGUUAUCGUUCCAGCGCGCGUCGUCGACUUGGGACCGGUUCUCCCCGCCCGGACUCGCCUUCUUCUGUCACCUCAAGCGAUGAUUUAACAGUGGACCAACUGAGGAAGAAGAUCAAGGAGAAGCAAGUGCUCCUCGAUGCGAUGGACUUCAAGGACGAGACGCAUGCGGAAGAGGACGAUAUCCUUGAUAGAAGGGACCGCCGCGAGGCGGAGGAAUUGUACCGGCGUGUCAGGAGAAUCCAAGAGGAUAUCGAUAAUCAUCCUGACGCCCAGUUUGUGGGCGGCGACUCUGAAGCAGAGAGGCGCGCUCUCAAGCGUCAACUGCAGACUCUGACAGACAAGAUCCCAGACCUUGCAUCCCAGGUCAGGAAGACCGAGAAGGCUAUCGCGGAUGCUCGGCUAGAACUGUUCCGUCUAAAGGACGCCAAAGCACACCCGGGCAGCGCAGCCGCAAUCAUAGGAACAGGCCCAGGUGGCGCAAUCACCGAGUCUGAUAGGCUUAAGGCCAGAGCAAAGGCUAUGAUGCAGCAGCGAACUGCAGCCCUAACUGGCAAAAAGGUAGAUGUCGGGGGCGACGAUGCCGGCGCCGCGAAGCGGCUCGAAGAGGAAAGCAUCAACGCCAGAAACGAGAAGGAGAAUAAUGAGCGGAUGGUCCGGGACGUUGAGGAGAGCGUUCGUGACUUCGCCCGAGGCAUUGAGGACAAUCUGAAGGACGGCGGCCAAGACUCGACCUCGGAACACGAGAGGCGUAGAUGGGACGACGCCCUUGGCGUCGAGGAUGAGGUCAGAGACUUCAUCUUCGACCUCCAGCGCUCCAGCCGAGCUGCCCGUGUCCGGGCGCAGGAUCGUCAAGGUGGGCGGAAACCCACCCAGGAGUCUGUCAAGGCCGAAGAACCAUCUGCGACUCGCUUUGAGAGCCCGGCUUCGGCUUCCCGGACAGCGACGCCUCCUUCUGCUGUUUCUUCCACCGGCGGUGGGUCUUACUCUUCGUACAAGACACCGGAGGAGCGAGCUGCCUUUAUCAAACAGCAAGCCGAGCAGCGCAUGGCCGAGCGGCUUGCUGCCCUUGGUAUCAAGGCUCCCAGCAAGCCCGGAGAGACUGCCGCGCAAAGGAUGGAGCGGGAGAGGGCUGAGCGAGCUGCGAAGCUUCGGCAAGCCGAGGAGGAAGACGCACGUCGUGAUGCUGAGAGACAGGCUAGGUUGGCCCAAGAGUCCGGGGCGCCGCCCCCACUCCAAUCGCCCAAGGCUGAGGGCAAGAAGCCUCCUGCCCCGCCGUCCAGGAAGGGUGCCAGGGCGGAUGAUAAGAAGGCAGAAGGAGGACGUCUUGAGCGCGAACACGAAGAGCAAGAGCGGGCAACCCGUGAACUAGAGCAAAGUGCCAAGGUCCAGGAAGACGAGCUUGCAAGGCAGCGCGAGGAGGCUGAUUCUCGGCUCAAGGCAUUGGAGGAACAGGUCAGGGCAGGAAAGUUGAAGAAGGGGGAAGAGAAGCGAAAGAAGAAGGCAGCACUUACAGAGGCGAAGGAGAAGGAGGCCAAGUUGGCGGCUCAGCGAGCAGAGAUCGAAGCUGCCAAGAAGCGUGAAGAAGAGCUCCGACGGCAGCUUGAGGCCAUAGACGACGAGACCUCCUCUGACGACGAUGAUGGAGAACAAAUCACUCCGCAGGCCUCUACGCCUACCCUGGGUGACAGCCAGCUUAUGGCUCAGGAACCGGAACCCAAGGUUUCUCCACCAGCAGCUCCUCCGAUCCCACAGGUAGUUACUAGCCCGUCUGCCGAGAGGGAGAGCCGCAAUCCAUACUUCAGGAUGAUGUCUCAGUCCUCGGAAGCACCGUCAACACCGGGCAGCUCUGCAGCAGCAGCAGCUCCUACUGCCGCUCCUCCCGCGCCGCCAGCACCGGCAGAGUCAACCAACCCUUUCCAUCGCAUGACGCAAGCCGCUGCGGCCCCCACUGGACCGGUGUCUAGGAAGCGUCCAGACGAUGACGACUGGGGCUCCGACAAGGACGACGACGAGUCCGACGAUGACGAGGACGACAGGCCUGGUGGGACUAGUGCGGCCCAGCUGGCCUCCAUCCUCUUCGGUACCAUGGCGCCCCCUCGUCCGCUAUCGGCAACGGGUGAUAAAGCGGCUUCUCCUCAGAGUGCGAGCUCACCAGUUGUCCCCACACCGGAGACUUUUGGUUCGCCAGUCCCAGCACCGUCAGCUUCAGCCCCUCCUGCGCCGCCGCCUCCUCCCCCUCCGCCCAUGCCGACUGAGGCUCCAAGUUCCUCGCCGCCGCCUCCCCCGCCAAUGCCAACGAGUGGUGCCCCAGCAGCGCCUCCUCCACCGCCGCCUCCUGUCCCUGGCAUGGGGCCUCCACCGCCUCCACCGCCACCGGCUGCAGGCAACGCGCCGCCCCCGCCGCCAGGUGGUCGUCCACAAGGUUUACUGGGCGAGAUCCAGGCAGGCCGGGCGCUCAAGAAGACACAGACCAAGGAUAAGAGCGGGGCAGCUGUCUCGGGCCGUGUCCUGGGUUAAUAUACAGGUUCAUGCAGUGAUCCGGGUCUCUGGGUUGGCUUGUCAGCUCGUGUAAUGGUUUCCCUUCGUCAGCAGUUACCAAGCCAAGCAUUGUGCAGCAAGGAAGAACGGGACAUGCUGAGGGCGGGGAGAGAGAGAGAGAGACGAGCAACCAAUGGGUUGAAGGGAGCCAAGAUUCAGCCUGUAUUCUUGGCCGUCGUUGUAUAUUCGUGAUCCGUACAUGGCCUCAGCCUCUACACCCUACACUCUGUUUUGAAGAUACUUAUCCCCCACAACCAAUCUCUCUCUUAUAUGCGUGCCUGUGUCUUCGUUUACGCCCGUCCACGAUUCGCCAGGUCAAAAGCAAAGCUGAUGGACCUGCUAUAAGGCUAUAUACUAGGACAAAUAAGCAGCCAGAAAGUCUCGGUGGCUGUCGGACAAUUUUUUUCUUUUGUUGUACGCCAUCGGACGUUGAUCU